UGUGCCAAAGUUAGGUUACAGGUGCUUUUUGUCUCUUUAUUUGCAUGAAAAUUCAUUUUUGAAUUUGAAUUGAUUUUGCGUAAUUUGCGCCAAAAUUUCCAUGUCAAACCAAAAGAGUCUAAUGAACUUUAGUUUGAGAAAAACUUUUGAUUGACGUCGCGCAAUUUUCAAACGCUGUCGAUUUUCCGAAUUUUUUUAAACUUUUUCGAUUUAAAAAUGAGCAGAACGUGUCGUGUGCGCGGGUGUUAUUUAAAAAACAGUGAAGUGAAAUUAUUUUCUUUCCCACAGGACCCCAUAAUAGCAGACAAAUGGAGGCAGAAUUUGCAUAUUGCCAGGACGGAACAUCUUCCACCCCACAACUCAUUUGUGUGUGUAAAACACUUUGAGGCAUGUGUUGUGGGGGGACAAUGUUUGAAAAAGGGUGCCAUCCCCACCCUUCGUUUAGGGCACGACGAUGACCCUACAUACAGCUGUACAAUUCCAAAGAAGCAACGGAGCUGUUGCGUGGUAGGAUGCGUGGUGGAAAAGGGUCAUACGUUGUACGAAUUUCCUCGACGCGGAGAGGCUCGAAAUAGUUGGGCCCUGGCUUGCAACGUGCAACCAGCAGAUUCUGACAGGCUAUAUGUUUGUAAGCGCCACUUUAGUCCAGAGCAAGUAACUCGUUAUAAAGUUUUAGACGGGGCUGUUCCAUCUUUAAGAUUAGAGCCAGUUACUAGAAGUCGCUCACCUAGUACUGGCUCUGAUUGGGUUUGCCCGCCCGUUACUAAAGUGUACGUAAAUCGUACAGUAGGUGUAGGUGUAGCAAAUGAUCUCACGUUAGAAGAAUUCGCAAAAUAUUCUAUGCUAGAGGAAACAAGGCAGGUACCCAAAAACAAAAACAUCUGUGAGGACUUAGAAAUCACAAGCAGUAGCGAACGAUUUGCUCAGGCUGCUCGUUAUUAUCGGAGCAAUGAAAUAAAAUUAAAAAAAAGAAUUCAAGAGUUAGAAGCAGAAAAUGAGAAGCUACUGCAAAAAUAUAAAUAUUUGUGUACUCGUGCAGUUCUUGCGGAAGAAACUUCAAGCAAUGAUGCUGUAACUUUCGCAAGAAUGAUCGUCAGUGGCCAAAAAAAUCGUUAUAGCGAGGAGGAAAAGACAUUGGCCCAAAACAUCAAUUAUAUGUCCUACAAAACAUAUACGUUUAUGCGUGACGAUCUAGGUUUUGCUUUGCCCCAUAAAUCAUACCUUUCGCUUGCGCGACUGAUCUCAAUGAAAAUUUUACGCCAGAGAUUUGAGAAGAAAGGUUCUAAUUGUACAGAUGAUGACGAUAUAAAUUUAGAUUGGUAUAUAGGCCCCGAGGAUCGUCAUCUUGAGACAGAGGUAGGAGACCAGCGAAAUGAGGAUCUCGUUUUAGAAGAGAUUGAUGUGGAAGACAUACAUUUUGCUGAAGAAAGUAAUGAAGCUGAGGAACAAGUGCAGCGUUACUUCACAGGCUAUGGUAUUUACCAGAAAAUCCUGUGCAAGUUAAAAUGUGAAAAGUGCACCCACGCCAUGACGAAAACAAAAGGGGAGCUGAAGUUGCAUUCAGAAGCCCUGAUAAGAUAA